GAGCAGAUUUUGGCGUGAAUUUUACUCCAACAGUAGCUCCAAAUUCAGCUCAAAAUUCAGCACAGAACUUGGGAAAUUCUGGGCAGAAUCUGGACAGAACUUUUAACCAGCAAGGAGCCGAGCAUUCCACUACAUUACCUUUCCCUCAAAGAAGUGUACAACCAAGAAAAGAGAUGGAGGAAGAAAAGGCUAGAGAAUAUCAAGAAUUGGUGAGAUUAUUUAGCAAGGUUGAAGUGAAUGUGCCAUUGCUUACAAUGAUCAAGCAAAUUCCUAACUAUGCCAAAUUCCUCAAGGAUCUUUGUGUGCACAAAAAGAAAUUAAAGGGGAAUGAAUUGAUAAGUAUGGGAAAGAAUGUUUUAGCAUUACUUCAGCCAGUUCCUCAGAAGUGUGAAGAUCCAGGAGUUUUCACCGUGCCUUGUGUGAUAGGAGAUUGUAUCUUUGAGGAUGCGAUGUUAGAUCUUGGAGCUUCUAUUAAUGUGAUGCCUAAAUUAGUUUUUCAGUCAUUAAGAAUUGGACCUUUGCAGCCUACAGGUGUAGUGAUUCAGUUGGCCAACCGAAGUCAAGCACACCCAGCAGGAGUAAUUGAGGAUGUAUUGGUAAAAGUGAGGGAGUUAAUUUUUCCUACAGAUUUUUACAUCUUAGAUAUGGAGGGUGAUGUGCUUGCAAACAGGGCUCCACUUAUUCUUGGACGUCCAUUCUUGAAGACUGCUAGAACCAAGAUAGAUGUACAUGCAGGAACUCUUUUUAUGGAGAUAGGAGACACAGUGGUUCUUUUCAGCAUUUUUGAGGCUAUGAAGAAUCCUAGAGAGGAUCAUUCUAUACUUAGCAUGGAUAUCUCGGAGGAGUUGGAUGGCAUGGAGUUUGUGUCAGAUAUUGAUUUAGACUUAGAGGAUUCUGAUUUUGGUACAGAGAAUGAAUUUGUUGCAUUAUUGGAAGAUGUUUUAGAUGUGGAAUUUGAUGUUAACUCAAGUGAAUGCGUAGGGGAUUGCUUGGGAGAAGCAUUGCCCCUAGGAUCGCUCAGAGAGCAAGAGGUAAGUGUAGGGGAUUGCUCAGUAGCACUACCCCUAGAAUCACCUACUACUGACCAGACACAGGAGGAAUUGAAACCAUUAUCUCAGCAUUUGAAGUAUGCAUUUUUGGGAGAAAAUCAGCAGUUACCUGCCAUUAUAGCUCAGAAUUUGGAACCAGAUCAGGAGGAAAAAUUGUUAGAGAUUCUGAGACAGCAUAAAAAGGCCAUUGGAUGGACUCUGGCAGACAUUCCUGGGAUUAGUCCUUCCAUUUGUAUGCAUAGAAUCUAUUUGGAGGAGGAUGUGAAGCCAGUGAGACAGCUACAGAGGCGACUGAACCCUUUGAUCUUAGAUGUGGUAAAGAAAGAGGUGACCAGACUCUUACAGGCAUGCAUUAUUUAUCCGAUAUCUGACAGCAAAUGGGUAAGUCCUAUCCAUGUGGUUCCAAAGAAGUCAGGGGUGACAAUGGUAGCGAAUGAAGAGAACGAGUUAGUUCCCACGAGAGUGAAGAAUUCUUGGAGGGUAUGUGUGGAUUACAGGAAGCUUAAUCAAGUAAGCAGGAAGGAUCAUUAUCCACUUCCUUUUAUUGAUCAGAUGUUGGCGAGGCUGGCAGAUCUGCAUCGACCCAGAGGACCAGGAGAAGACUACCUUCACUUGCCCUUUUGGGACAUUCGCAUAUCGUAG